AUGGCGACCGCCGCCGCGGCAGGGAGCAAGAGGGGCGGCGCCCGGGGCCGCAAGGCGCUCGUGGCCGUGCUCGACAACGAGGCCAACAUCUCCGCCGGGAAGGCCGCCGCCCAGGCCGCCGACCUCUCGGCCUCCUCGGCGCAGAAGAAGGCGAAGCGGGCGCCGGCAAGGAGCGGCAAGGCCAAGGCCAAGGCCGCGGCGCCAGCGGUCGUGGACGACGUCGCCGAGCUGCAGGGGAUGCUGGAGCGGCUGCGGCUGGAGAAGGAGAAGGCGGAGGAGAUGGUGAGGGAGCGGGACGAGGUCAUCCGGAAGAAGGAGGAGGAGAUCGAGACCAGGGACAAGGAGCAGGGGCGCCUCCAGGCCGAGCUCAGGAAGGUGCAGCGCGCCAAGGAGUUCAAGCCCACCGUGAGCUUCCCCCUCGUCAAGUCGUUGCUGGAGAAAGACCAGGACGCAGACGACAAGGGCAAGAAGAAGAAGGGGAAGGGCAAAGCCGGCCCCGAGAGGAAGAAGCCGUGCCCGGCGUACGUGCUCUGGCUCAAAGACCAGUGGACCGAGGUCAAGGAGGAGAACCCUGAGGCCGACUUCAAAGAUGUGUCCAGCACGCUGGGCGCCAAGUGGAAGGCGCUGAGCGCCGAGGAGAAGCAGCCCUACGAGGAGCGGUACCGUCAGGAGAAGGAGGCCUACCUGCAGGUGGUCGGCCAGGAGAAGCGCGAGGCCGAGGCGAUGAAGCUUCUCGAGGAGCAGCAGAUGCAGUGGACUGCCAAGGAGCUGCUGGAUCAGUACCUCAAGUUCAGGCAGGAGGCCGAGGAGGGUGACUGCAACAAGGGGAAGAGGAAGAACAGCAAGAAGGACAAGGACCCCUCUAAGCCCAAGCAGCCCAUGUCGGCCUACUUCGUGUACUCGCAGGAGAGGCGCGCCGCGUUGGUCGCGGAGAAGAAGAACGUUCCUGAGAUUGGCAAGAUCACCGGGGAAGAGUGGAAGAACAUGACAGAAGCUCAGAAGGCUCCCUAUGAGAAGGUUGCGAGGAAGCAGAAGGAAGAGUACCAGAAGCAGAUGGAGGUGUACAAGCAGAAGAAGAUUGAGGAAGCUGCGAGCCUUGAGAAGGAAAAGGAGGAGCAUAACAAAAUCAUGAAGCAAGAGGCUCUCCAGCUGCUCAAGAAGAAGGAGAAGGCAGAUAAUAUCAUCAAGAAAACCAAAGAACAGCGCCAGAAGAAGAAGCAGGAGAACGCUGAUCCCAACCGGCCCAAGAGGCCAGCCUCUUCCUUCCUUCUUUUCAGCAAGCAAGCGAGGAAGCAGCUGCUCGAGGAACGCCCGGGCAUCAAUAACUCGACCCUGAACGCGCUCAUCUCGGUGAAGUGGAAGGAGCUGAGCGGUGAGGAGAGGCAGGCCUGGAAUGCAAAGGCCGCACCUGCCAUGGCUGCAUACAAGAAGGAGAUGGAGGAGUAUACCAAGGCUCAAAGCUCAUCUCCUUGA